CAUUACACAUUUCAUUGAGAAGCCGCCUCUCACAGCCACUUCUUUUCUCUCUCGCAAACCUCUCUUUAGCGUUUCUAAAACCCUUUCACUCAUUUCUAUGCUUUUUCUUCUCUAAAUCCAUAUUCUCUAACUACAUUCCUUCAUCUCCUAUUCUCUCUGUGGGAGAAAAUGGCUGGGAAAUCGAACAAGGGGAGGAACAGAAAAGGGUCAAAUACUGCUGCUGUUGCUGUCGCCACCGCUGCCGUGUCCGGUGGUGUAGAAACGGCUAUCCAAGCUGAUGUUCCGGCAAAUGAUAACGUGGAAGCUGUCACAGAAGUUGCGAAUAUUGAUGCAGUAGAAGUUGCAGCAGUGGGCGAUGGAGCUGUUGUGAGUUCAGAGGUGAACGAGAAUGAAGCAGCGAAUGAAGAGAAUCAGCCCAAGCAAGGUGAUCUUCAGCUAUACCCUGUUUCUGUCAAAACACAAACUGGGGAUAAACUUGAGCUUCAGUUGAAUCCAGGAGACUCUGUGAUGGAUAUAAGGCAGUUCCUUCUUGAUGCUCCAGAGACAUGUUUUAUUACAUGCUAUGACUUACUACUGCACACAAAAGAUGGAUCCACUCAUCAUAUGGAAGACUAUAAUGAAAUUUCUGAGGUAGCUGAUAUUACUACUGGCGGUUGCUCCUUGGAUAUGGUUCCUGCAUUUUAUGAUGAUAGAUCUAUUAGGGCUCAUGUUCACCGUACAAGAGAAUUGCUUUCCCUUUCCAACCUCCAUGCUUCACUCUCAACUUCACUUGCUCUACAGAAUGAGGCAGCACAAAAUAAAGCUGCAAAUGCAGCUGUGGAUGCCGCAAAACCCGAGGUUCCCGAGCUUGAUGGGCUUGGUUAUAUGGAGGACAUCUCUGGUUCAUUGGGUAAUUUAUUGUCAUCCCCAUUAAAGGAUAUUAAAUGUGUAGAAAGCAUAGUGUUUUCGUCAUUCAAUCCUCCUCCAAGCUAUCGAAGGCUUGUUGGAGAUUUGAUUUAUUUGGAUGUGAUAACUCUCGAGGGAAAUAAAUAUUCAAUUACCGGAAGUACAAAAAUGUUUUAUGUCAACUCAAGCUCGGCAAACACUCUUGAUCCAAAGCCAAGUAAAGCUACUUCUGAAGCAACGACUCUUGUUGCUCUCUUGCAGAAGAUUAGCCCCAGGUUCAAAAAAGCAUUCCGUGAAAUAUUGGAGGGCAGGGCUUCCGCCCAUCCUUUUGAAAAUGUCCAGUCUUUGCUGCCACCUAAUUCUUGGCUUGGCUUGCACCCGAUUCCUGAACACAGACGCGAUGCUGCCAGGGCUGAGAAUUCCUUGACUCUUUUAUAUGGAAGUGAGCCAAUUGGCAUGCAAAGAGACUGGAAUGAGGAGCUGCAAUCCUGUCGAGAAUUUUCUCAUACAACUCCCCAGGAGAGGAUUUUGCGUGAUAGGGCACUUUAUAAAGUGACAUCAGACUUUGUUGAUGCUGCCAUUAAUGGUGCUAUUGGAGUGAUCAGUGGCUGUAUCCCUCCAAUAAAUCCAACCGACCCAGAAUGCUUUCACAUGUAUGUGCACAACAAUAUUUUCUUUAGUUUUGCUAUUGAUGCUGACCUUGAGAAGCUGUCGAAGAAACAUGCGGACAGUAAUUCAAAAACAUCCAGCUCAAGCAUUUCGCUACCUUCUUCUGAUAAGGUUCCCAAUGGAAGGAAAGAGGAUGGUUCAAGUUUGGAAGACACAGAAACCACUCAAGACAUUUCUCCUGAAGUGCUGGCUGAAAAUGAGCAAGCCACAUAUGCUUCAGCAAACAAUGAUUUGAAGGGCACCAAGGCUUACCAGGAAGCUGAUGUCCCUGGACUUUAUAAUCUUGCCAUGGCAAUAAUUGACUACAGGGGUCACAGAGUGGUAGCUCAGAGUGUUUUGCCAGGCAUUCUCCAAGGGGACAAGUCAGACUCUCUCUUGUAUGGCUCUGUCGACAAUGGAAAGAAAAUCAGUUGGAAUGAAGGUUUUCAUGCUAAGGUGUCAGAGGCUGCCAAACGCCUUCAUCUGAAGGAACAUUCAGUCCUUGAUGGAUCAGGAAAUGUUUUGAAAUUAGCUGCACCAGUGGAAUGCAAGGGGAUUGUUGGGGGUGAUGACAGGCAUUAUCUUCUGGAUUUGUUGAGGGUGACACCUCGGGAUGCCAACUAUACUGGACCCGGUUCUCGAUUUUGUAUCUUGAGACCCGAAUUAAUUAAUGCCUUUUGUCAGGUUCAAGCAGCUGAGGCAUCAAAGCCCAAGGACAUAACUUCUGAAGGGGCGGAAAACAUUUCCACUGAGUCUCAAAAUGCCACUGAUGAAGACAAGCCAGAUUUAACAAAGGAAGAAAAAACUGAGGAUGUCAAAGAACAAGCAUCUGCAUCUAAUGAAGCUUCUUGUUGUAAGGAGGAUAUUGUUUUCAAUCCGAAUGUCUUCACUGAAUUCAAACUCGCUGGGAGUCCAGAGGAAAUAGCAGCUGAUGAAGAAAGUGUGAGAAAAGUUAGUCAAUAUCUUACUGAUGUUGUACUGCCGAAGUUUGUACAAGACCUAUGCACACUAGAAGUUUCACCUAUGGAUGGCCAGACAUUAACAGAAGCACUCCAUGCUCAUGGAAUUAAUGUUCGCUAUAUUGGCAAGGUGGCUGGGGGAACUAAACAUCUACCUCAUCUGUGGGAUCUAUGUAAUAAUGAGAUUGUUGUCAGAUCAGCGAAACAUGUUAUCAAGGACUUAUUGAGAGAGACAGAGGAUCACGAUCUUUCACCGGCAAUAUCUCAUUUCUUGAACUGCCUAUUCGGAAAUUGUCAAGCUUUUGGUGGAAAAUUAGUUACUAAUCUCACACAGUCCAGAACUACUAAAAAGGAUCAUGCCGGGCAUCGGUCUCCAGGAAAGAGUUCCAAAGGACAUGUACGGUGGAAUGGCAGGGCAUCUUCAAGAAAGACCCAACCUUCAUAUAUGAAUAUGAGCUCUGACACUCUUUGGUCAGAGAUUCAAGAAUUUGCAAUGGUCAAAUAUGAGUUUGAGUUGCCAGAGGAUGCAAGGUCGCGUGUUAAGAAAAUUUCUGUUCUUCGUAAUCUCUGUCUGAAGGCCGGUAUAACCAUAGCAGCACGUAAAUAUGAUCUUAGUUCUCCAACACCAUUCCAAACUUCAGAUGUAUUUGAUCUCCGUCCUGUGGUCAAGCAUUCAGUUCCUUCAUGCUCUGAAGCCAAGGAACUUGUGGAAACUGGAAAACUUCAAUUAGCUGAGGGCAUGCUCAGUGAAGCCUACACGUUAUUUUCGGAGGCAUUUUCCAUUUUACAACAGGUUACUGGUCCCAUGCAUCGGGAGGUUGCUAAUUGCUGCCGGUAUCUUGCAAUGGUUUUGUAUCAUGCUGGAGAUAUGGCCGGUGCUAUUAUGCAACAACAUAAGGAGCUAAUUAUAAAUGAACGCUGUCUUGGUCUAGAUCAUCCUGACACCGCUCACAGCUAUGGAAAUAUGGCUCUGUUCUACCAUGGACUCAACCAGACAGAACUUGCCCUUCGCCAUAUGUCCCGUGCUUUGCUCUUGUUAAGUUUGUCAUCUGGUCCAGAUCAUCCUGAUGUUGCAGCAACUUUCAUAAAUGUUGCAAUGAUGUAUCAAGAUAUAGGAAAGAUGAACACGGCUCUUCGCUAUCUGCAAGAAGCUUUAAAGAAAAACGAAAGGCUUCUUGGCGAGGAACAUAUUCAAACUGCUGUUUGUUAUCAUGCUCUCGCCAUUGCAUUUAAUUGUAUGGGUGCUUUCAAGCUCUCUCACCAGCAUGAGAAGAAAACAUAUGAUAUACUUGUCAAGCAACUUGGUGAAGAUGAUUCAAGGACACGGGACUCACAGAACUGGAUGAACACAUUUAAGAUGCGCGAGGUACAGAUGAACGCUCAAAAGCAAAAAGGUCAAGCUAUAAAUGCUGCUUCAGCUCAGAAGGCUAUUGAUAUCUUGAAGGCACAUCCUGAUUUGAUACAUGCAUUCCAAGCUGCCGCUGGGGGAUCUGGAAGUUCAGUUGCAGCUGCUAACAAAUCCCUCAAUGCUGCAAUGAUGGGCGAAGCUCUCCCCAGAGGAAGGGGAAAUGAUGAAAGGGCUGCACGAGCAGCUGCAGAAGUCAGGAAGAAGGCUGCAGCAAGGGGCCUCACAGUACGACCCCAUGGUGUACCUGUACAGGCUGUGCCACCCCUCACACAGCUUUUGAAUAUCAUAAAUUCUGGUACGGCUCCGGUCGCUGCAGACAAUGGGAAUGCAAAUGGAGCAAAACAGGAUGAAGAUGUAGCAAAGAAGGAAGCAAAUGGUGCACAAACCGAAGCAAAUGGCCCUCCAUCAAGUGAUUCAACUGAUGCCGAGAAAAGCGCGCCUGUGCAAGAACCGGCCCCGGUUGGACUUGGCAAGGGGCUGUCAUCAUUGGAUAAUAAGAAACAAAAAUCAAAACCAAAGGCUGGGGCUUGAAAUUUUGUACAUUAAGCUCUGGUUGGUUGCUGCAAUGGUACAUUUGUUUGAGAUCAUGAAUUCUUUGAUUCAUCAGGUACUAUGCUCGGGUUUCGAAAAGCGUGUUGAAUAGCGGUUAAAAUAAUCAUUUUUUGUGCUCUUUCCUUGUAGGUUUUUGGUAGAAUUUAGGCAGCCUGGUUAAGGUGCUAAUGAUUGUGAUGAAUACAAUAAUUUGAUAUUUUUCUUUUCAUAAAUGUUUCAGUAAAUUACAUAUUUUGGGAUAUACAGGGUUAAUAAACUUUUGAUUUUUGACAUGAACCCUUGUAUCUUUAACAAGUUUAAUUGCCAAUUGAAUUGAGGCAAAUUAAAUGCAAAAUGCAUUUUGUAGAAUA